CCCGGCUGUCAGCCGCCCGCAGCUCCUUUGUCACCACUCCCCCGGCGCUGGCGUGCGCCGAGCCCACAGCCGGGGAGCGCCGGCAUCGCCGGGAGGCAGCCGGACAGGAGGGCUUAGGACCCAGGGGGACGGCAGCCGCCGAGUGGAAGGACCCAGGCGUCGGUGCACACGCCUCCUACCCAAAAAAAAAAAAAAAAAAAAGAAAAAAAAAAGGAAAAAAAAUCCUAGCCCCGUGGAGCUGGCGCUCGCUCAUUCACAGUUUUCUAGAGAGAUCCGAGACUGAACCCGGGAGCCGGGAGAUCUUUCUCGCCCACCCAGCUGAACAGCAAGGACACCUACAGGGGGGGGAAAAAAAAUAUCAUCCCACGCAGCCCCCCGCCGCCCCACGGCAGGCUGCUUGGCGCUGUGCAGGCAACCUUGUCAACCUCUCCUCACACCCAUCAGCUUGUAGCAACAGCAGGACAACUGCAGUACAUAAUGGAAUAAACAACGCUUUCCUUUGGAUGGAUUAUACCACAUGUGAACUGCCUGCUACUCCUUCUGCGAGAAUAAGAAAAGCUGUUUGCUUUCAUUUGUUCAAUAUCAGCUUGAUAGCAAAAAGCUUCUGAAUGGCUCAUGCUCACAGCAGACCAUCAGUUGAAUGGGAUUAGCACUUCUCCUACUAAAAUAUUUGAAGUUAAGGAUUUGGAAAAGAAGUUUUUGCAGAGAUGACCCAUUUACAAGCUGGACUUAGUCCAGAGACUAUAGAGAAAGCCCGCCUGGAACUGAAUGAAAACCCAGACAUUUUGCACCAGGAUAUCCAGCAAGUCAGGGACAUGAUCAUCACGAGGCCUGACAUUGGGUUUUUACGUACAGAUGAUGCCUUCAUCUUGAGGUUUCUCCGAGCCAGAAAGUUUCACCAAACUGAGGCCUUCAGACUGCUGGCUCAGUACUUCCAGUACCGCCAGCUAAACCUGGAUAUGUUCAAAAACUUCAAGGCUGAUGAUCCAGGAAUCAAACGGGCUCUCACAGAUGGAUUCCCGGGAGUACUGGAAAAUCGCGACCACUGUGGCAGGAAGAUUCUUCUGCUUUUUGCAGCCAACUGGGAUCAGAGUAGGAACUCCUUCAUAGAUAUCCUUCGGGCUAUCCUACUGUCCUUGGAAGUGCUCAUCGAAGAUCAAGAGCUUCAGAUAAACGGCUUCAUUCUAAUUAUAGACUGGAGCAACUUCUCCUUCAAGCAAGCCUCCAAGCUUACACCAUCUAUCCUCAAACUGGCCAUUGAAGGGUUACAGGACAGCUUUCCUGCCCGUUUUGGAGGAGUCCAUUUUGUCAACCAGCCUUGGUACAUCCAUGCCCUGUACACACUAAUCAAACCGUUCCUCAAAGACAAGACAAGGAAAAGGAUCUUUCUUCAUGGUAACAACCUGAACAGCCUUCACCAGCUAAUACACCCUGAAUGCCUACCCUCUGAAUUUGGGGGGACUCUUCCUCCAUAUGACAUGGGGACGUGGGCUCGAACGUUACUCGGUCCCGACUACAGUGAUGAAAACGAGUACACCCACACCUCCUACAAUGCCAUGCAUGUAAAGCACGCAUCCUCCAACCUGGAGCGGGAGGCUUCACCCAAACCCAUGAAAAGGUCCCAGUCCGUGGUGGAGCCCGGCACACUGAAACACGAAGACCACGGGGAAAGCGAGAACACCCAACCACUGCUGGCUCUGGACUGAGCUCCCACACACUCCACACUCAUAAACAGACUUCCACCAUACCAGAAACCUACAGAGCACACCACACACACACACGCGCGUUUUGCUUGAGAACAAGUCCUUCAUGUCUCUUGACCAAGUCACAACUGUCACCAGCCAUCUGUCCGUGUGGCCAACUCUGAACAAAAACUGAGAGACUUCUAUUGACACAGGAGUCUGUCCAUAUAUGAAGAAUUUCUUUCCUAAUUUUUUUUUGACUUAUGACAUUAAAAUAUUGGAAGUGAUGGGACUGCAUUCUCUGUUUAAAGAAACCGGGGUGUGUCAGUACAAGUUUUCCUGAAGCCUCCUCAAGUAAGGAUACUUGAUUUUAUAGUAGUGAAGGAUAAAUGUGUUUUAAAGAAAUGCAUCUCAAAUUUAAACUUUGCACUGUAAUUAGUAGUUUAAUGUGGCUCAGAGGGCAGAAAUAGCAGCAUCCAGUGCUCAAGUUUUACAGAAGGAAUUUGCAUUAAAAUAAGAGGAAAAGAAAAAAAAAAAAUCAGUGCCAGCAUAAUGCCAUUCAACAUGACAGUGACUGCCUCAUCCAUGCUGCUUAUAGGGGGUCACUUGUUUCAGUAUCUAGCAAAAAUUAUUCUUAACUUUUGAAGCCCUUAUAAAACUGUCAGCUAAGUGGAAUGAGCUGUGUGGGCAGCAGAUGCACCCAAUUUUAAUGCUGUAUUUUUUUCCACAGACAUCUCUGGAGCCUGUUAGGUAUGUGUGUGUGUAUGUGUGUCUGUAUGUGUGCGCGCGCGCAUGUGACAAAGGGGUGGUAGGGAGACCCACUGGACACAUUCACUAGUGAUUAAUGGUUCAAUCCAGAUUGUUUCAUUUAGGUCAUAACAGCAAAUUAAAGCUCCGCAGAGCCAUUUAUCCCCUUCCCUCCUGCAGUCAGUGAAAGGUGUAGCCAGAAGCGUAUGCCGAUUGCAGAUGCGUGCCAUGUUUAACAUGAAAAAGGAAAACUUAGAAUUAUUCAGUACAAGCUUCUGUUAGAAGGAAAUGUGGAAGAAUAGAAGAACUGAAAUGCCAAAGAUCAGUUUGUUAUUUCUCUAUUUGCUCUAGCUGCAAAGAGUCCCAUCCCUUCAUUGAAAUGGAAAAUGAAUUAAAGAAAUAAAACAAAAAUCAUUAUCAAA